AUGCCCUCACUACCAUGGUCUGCGCGAAAUAAGCCUCACAACGUUGAAGAUGACCUUAAGAGACUGCGCACCGGACUCCAAACGAUUCCUACGGAGACGCUCGUCGUAUCAGCCAUCGUUCUCGGGUCAGUGACUACCCUCGGAAGCACCGCUCUAUACAGGCGUUUCUUCAAAAGAAUACCAACCUCGGAAUGGAUCACGCCUAAUAUCUUGAAGAAGAAGAGGUGGAUCAAGGGCGUCGUAACAAGCGUCGGCGAUGCAGAUAACUUUCGGCUGUAUCAUACUCCUGGUUUUGGGUGGAAGUGGCCUCUCAAGUUCAGACGAAUACCGACUGCUACCAAAGAAUUGGGCGGUCAAACAAUACACAUACGACUGGCCGGAGUUGACGCUCCAGAGGCAGCGCAUUUUGGUCGCCCGAGUCAGCCAUAUGCAGAACAAGCACUGCAAUGGCUAAAAUCUAACGCGGAGGGCAAGACCGUCUAUUGUCAGCUCAUUCGUAAAGACCAAUAUUCCCGCGUAGUAGCGGUCGCCCUCCUAGCUCCGCGUGUCCUCCCAGGAUUUUUGUUCUCCGGGAAGUUCCUGUCGCUUGAAAUGCUUCGGGCGGGCUGGGUUGAGGUGUACGAACAAGCCGGUGCCGAGUAUGGGAAGUGGGGGAAGGAUGAGUUCCUUCGCGCUCAAGCAGAAGCACAGGCUUCUCGUCGCGGCAUAUGGAAGUCGGGUAUGAAUGCUGAAUCGCCAUCAGAAUACAAACGCCGAUAUCGUGAAGCGGACGCGGCCCAUACAUCUAAGCCAAGCGCGAAGCCGCCAGGGAAGGAAGAGCCCGCUGGAUUUCUUCGUCAGUUGUUUGGUCGUUCAGCUAGCACUACCGAAGCAAAGACAAAAGCCUAGUUUCAUCAGAUUCUUGACUGGCUGGCCCACGUCGAAUAGGGGAGGACUUAAUGUAAUUUUGAGAAUGAAAUCCUAC